AUGGGAGUUCGGACCAAUGUACCGGUCGGGACCUAUGAAGAUGUUAAGCCUUACAUCGAACGUGUCGCGAAUGGAGAGCCCUCAGAUGUCAUCUCGGGAAAGCCUAUUAUUGGAUUCAUGUUAACGUCUGGAACUUCAAGCGGGAAACAAAAGCUAACACCUUUUAACAACAAGUACUUUGAGAACGCGUCAUUCAUAUAUCAUGUCUACUCCGCCGUAUUAUCCAAGCAUGUCGGUGGUCACAACCAAGGAAAAGGGUUGCUACAGUUCGUCUUCACUAAACCAGCCUCCACAACUCCUUCUGGUCUGCUCAGUGCUUGGAUCACUGAUCUUAGCUACAGGGACUCUGUUUCUUUGAUACUUGGAGGUCCAAAUCCUGAAUUGGCAGAUCUAAUCGAAGACAUAUGCAAUCAAAAAUCUUGGAAAGUUUCCACAAUCUAUGGGUCUUCUGAAGCCGCGUUUGGGAUGAAUUUGGAUCCUCCAUGCAAAUCAGAAGAUGUAUGCUACACACUGAUGCCCAAUAUGGCAUACUUCGAGUUUCUAUCGGUUGAUGAAGGAAAUGACGCAAUUGUUGACCUUGCCAAUGUAAAGUUAGGUGAAUACUAUGAACUUGUAGUCACCACUUAUUCAGCAAGAGGAAAUGGGGUUAUAAGUGUUUAUUUGGAGGCAACAACAGAAGAAGGUCUUCUAAAGGCAGUGACUUGUGGAACACAAGUACUAAAAUCUUAUGAUAUAUGGUUGAGGGAUUUCACCUGCUAUCCUCAUAUCUCCGAGGUCCCAGGCCAUUAUGUUCUUUAUUGGGAACUCAAAGGCAACAACAAGGAUGACAUCAAUGAGCUAAUUGAUACCAAUGUGUUGGUUGAAUGUUGCGCGGUAGUGGAGGAGUCACUUGAUGUUCUUUACAGAUAUUUUCGGGGCAAGGAUGGAUCAAUUGGAGCACUAGAGAUAAGGCUGAUUGAGGAAGGAGCAUUUGACUCUCUUAUGGAAUAUUUUAUUGCACAAGGUGCUUCUACAACUCAAUACAAGAUACCAAGAUGCAUAAAAUCUUUUGAGGCUUUACAAGUUCUUGAAAACAAGGUUCUUGCUCGUUUCUUUAGCGAGAGAUCACCUCCUAUCGACUCUUCUCCGUGGUAG